AUGGCUCACGCAAACGUUUGGUACUCACACCCAAGAAACAACGGUAAGGGAGCUAGACAGUGCAGAAUCUGCGCUUCCCGUUCUGGUUUGAUCAGAAAGUACGGCUUGAACAUUUGCAGACAGUGCUUCAGAGAGAAGGCUGAUGAUAUUGGAUUCCACAAGUUGCGUUAA